AUGGUUCACGCCGACGCCUCAAAUUUCGCUUCUGACAUUACAAAAGAAGACGCCUAUGAGCAAGUCCUGCUCCAAGCUGAGGGUCUUCUGACCGAUCAAAGGAACUGGCUCAUCCUCGGGCCUUUCCAAGGGAAAGUGGCCUGCCAAACCAUCCUCUUCGGCCGCGGAGUCUGCGGUACGGCUGCAGAGACGCGAAAGACGCAGCUGGUGAAAGACGUUGAAUCGUUUCCGGGCCACAUUGCUUGUGAUGGCGACAGCAAGAGCGAGAUUGUCGUACCCAUCGUGGCCACAGCCAAAGACGGACAGGAAAAGGUGGUGGCUAUCAUUGAUAUCGACUGUGCCGAACUAGACUGCUUCGACGAGGUCGAUCAGAAGCAUUUGGAGGAGUUGGCAGCUCUGCUGGCUCGCAGCUGCGACUGGCUCGUGGUUCAGAUCCUAGAGCUGUACCUGUAG